AUGUCCGCCAUUACGCGCAGCUCAAGCUCCUCCCCCGAUGUCCUAGGCCCGCCAGGCGACGCUGAAUACCUGAUUUCGUCUCCAGUCAAGCCCUUUACCGGUCGCCAAAGCUUCUACUCACCUGCAUUCAGCGCACGCAAGCCAACUCCUGCCAAACGACCACGCGUGAGCCUCAGCCCGACGAAGAGUGCGCAUUCGAUCCGAUUCGACGAUGUCUUGCUUCCUGGCUCGCCUGCAAUGAAACUCGCCGGUCGCCAUAGAUCUCCCUCGCCCUUGAAGGACCAACAGGAUGGAAAUGUGAGUCCGUGGCGCAUUCGAGUCACACUCGAGGCGACGCAGGACGAGGAGAAUGAGCGUGAAAUGCAGCUCAGCCCUUCGCGCAAACGACACCAACCGACGACCAUUACAACAAUGGUUCCCUUGAAAGAUGGCCGCAGUCCAUUGGCGGAAAAAACACCGUCGAGAUCGCGUGGGCGUCCGCGCAAGUCAGACACCAAACCGUUCAAUGGAUCACCUUGGCCAGCUAGCCCUGGAAAUACACCAGGCCGACCAGGAGAAACACCGAAGAGAAAACCAGGCCGACCGCGGAAGAAUACACCUAGGCCAGCUAUACAGAAUUCGCCCAUGAUUGAGGAUGAGGCAACACCAGCUCUGGAGCCCAUGCAUCUUCUUGAGACCGAAGAGGAGCCUCAGAUUCAUUUCAGCCCAAUGGAUAUUGUUGAAGAUAGAAGCGUUGAGCCAGCGCGACAUUGGAGCCCGCUCAAUAUUGCAGAAAACGGUGGCUUGGAUAGCGACUCACUUGGAGCGGAUGAUUUGCCCGUCGCAGAUCUAACUGGGCCAAUGCAAACGAAUAGGGCGCACUUGAAUACAAGCGUCACUCGGGAAUAUGGAAGGAUUACAUACGACACGCCUAUUAUUACAGAACAGCAAUAUCUCGGCAAUGAGGAAAACAUAAACUCAACCCCGUCAAAAAUGCCUUCGCCGACCCGAGAAAGGCGAUCCUCGUCAGUCAGAUCGGCACGCGAUGCUGGCAUGGCCUCAUCGCCUCGAACGUAUCCCACCCCAACCCCAACUUCCUCGCUGGCCGAAGAAGAAAACCAAGCGCAGGAGGCACAAGGACAACAAGAAUGGGAGAAUGAUGAUCACCGGCCUCUCUCCGACCCGAUGGACGAACACGAAGAAUAUGAUUCGAUAAUGGAAAGCGAGGGCUUUACCAUGGUGUCUUUGGAUACUCUCCCUUCAGCUCAACAGUUUGGAUUAGGCAGUAAUGCUAGCAGAGCGACAGACAAUGCCGCGAGAGUCUUACAAGAUCGACACAAUGGACGGAUUGGCGAUCGGUUGAAACGCAAACUCCCAGGGAUUAGUGAUUUCCAGAGUGAUUACCAUAGCUCAACCAGGCCCAGCCCUGUGACCAAUGGUUUGUCUCCAGGCUCUCGAUUUCUCUCGCACGCCCGCCAGGAAUCGAAUCGUCCAGCCAAACUAUCUCCUGCGGGUCCUGUCUCUUAUCCUGAUCUCCCUCCAACAUCUUCACCAAGGAAAGAACAACCCCAACUCGAGGAAGAGGAAGAGGCGAGGUCAGAAAUUUCCCUCAAAAAUGAACCCACUCCCCUAGACGAUAUUGAGGAAGAGAAUGAAGAUAUCGAAGAGGAGGAUGAGGAGGACGAGGAAGAAGAAUUGGACGAAGUGCAUGUGAUACCCAAUUCGUCCCAAAUUGAACGAGAAGAAAAUCCUCAAAUCGACCCGACAGAUAGGAUGAGAUCGCAACGAGAGGCAAAAUGGCACGAGGAGCGACUAGCUGUCAGCCGAAAUGCUCAAGAUGCUCUCGAUUCCAACCGCAUGAUCUACAUCGACAGUGACCAAAAUGCCUCUGAAAAUGAAGGAUUGGAAGAGGACAAUGAGCAUAGCGAUCACUUACACUCUGAUUUCGGGUCCAUCGGCGAGGAAGAUCACAGGCAGCCUGAGAGAUUUGAAGAAGACAAUGCGUUUAGCGACCAUCUACAGUCUGAUUUCGGGUCCAUCGGCGAGGAGGAUCGCAGGCAGCCCGAAAGAUUUGAAGAGGACGGACCUUUGAGCGAUCAUCUACAGUCCGAUUUCGGGUCCGUCGGUGGAGAAGAGCGCCGGGAGCCGGAAAUAUUUGAAACCAUAGAUGAGCAGGGAGAGCCCGAGGACUUCGAGCAAUUUGCCGAUGAAGGGUUUGCUGGCUCUGUCGACCCUGAGAAUAUCGGUCCAUCAAAACCGGGACCUGUUCUCUCCAGUCCCACUUCCACGAAACGGCCUUUAUAUGACGAACCCGAAGUUUCGGAUGGCGAGGACAAUGGCUACGAUGAUAUUUGGCGCCAGGAACCCGAAUAUCCAAAGCUUGAAACACAACAUGUACAUGAGCCCAAGCCUGAGCCAGAGCCUGAGCCAAUAGCCAACCAUGAAAUGGAAAUGGAAGACGAAGAAGACGGCUUUGACGACAUCUGGCAACAAGAAGCCCGUGACAACAGUUAUCUCUCGCAUCAUUCGGACAACCAAAAACAGCGACCUGCCGAAGAGGAUGCUAGCCCUUGGCGACAUGUUGCGGGAAACCCUUCGUCUCAAAAUCAUCUCAGCCCCUCUCCAGCUUACGUGGACCUAGAAAAGGAUGACCUGCGUCAUUUGAACCAAACACAAAUCCGCAAACUCCGUGAACGCGAAGUAGACCUUUCCGCCCUUCUCGCAGCGGAUGAUACGCCUAAUCGCGCACGAUACUACAACGGGACAAGCACCCCCCGAAGUAUACUACGCUCCACUACACAGCACUCGUCUAUCAAUGGCUCCGCCCUGAAAAGCCAGUCAGGAAAUUCUGGAAAACGAGUUCGCUUACAACCGCUCUCUCAAUCCCCCGAGAGAGAGCCAGAAGCCGAACAGGAAUCCCCCAUUUUCCGACAUAAUUAUUCCCAACAAGAAGCUCACAUCAGUGAUGUGGAGGAGAUUGGUAGCGUUUCUGAUGGAGCCUCCAACGAGGCCGAACCGGCACAUGGGGAUAUAACCAUGACCCCGGAACAUCAGCGUCAGUCAGAUGUGGAACCCCAGGGGUCAUCCUGGUUCCAACGAAUCACCAGUCUUACUCCUAGAUGGCUCAAGGCCCCUGCCCAUUCCGAAGAUGACGAGUCUAGCUCUGCUUCUGAAGAUGAUCCUAGGGAUGUUUCUGAAGAUGAGCUGGAAGAUGGUCAAGUUGACCAGGGCGAACUUUCCCUCCAAUCACCUCAAAACGACCAUCACUAUCAUGAGCACGCAUCGGCUUCCGACCGUUUCUCGGAUCAUUCAGGCGAAUCACCUCUCGAGGUUGAAAGGACACCUCAGUCAAUAGGUCUCGAACAAGAGCAUGGCGAGGCUGUCUCUUCAGUGGAAGAAGAAGACGAGGAUGAGGGCGGGAGGAUCCGGUUUGAUCGGAGCAUCUCAAGCGAACUUGUCGAAGAUAACCCUGCAAAUAUGAUCGAAGAGGAGCACGACUCGCCGAAAGGGCCGAGGCCACUCGCCGUGUUUGGCUACUUCUCCAAUGACCACUACCUGGCUCUUCGGCGCGUCUACCGAAUCGCGAAACGCCACCCCGAACGGUUCCCCUACUAUGAUGCACCGGGGCGGGCCCAAAUUAUCGGCGAUUGGAUCUGGACUUCAGAUGGACUCCACGGAGUUCCGAUCUCUGAAGCGCAGUUCUCGAUUAUUGAUCGAUUUGUACAUGAACUUUCGCAUGCUGAUGUACAAUAUGGUGGAUCGGGGCAAGUGGAGUGGACCGACGCAGAUCUGCAUAGGAGGUUGAUCAGCAUAAUCAUUGGCGAGCAAAUCCGAGACGAGCAAAAGGCCCAGGCGAACCGUGGGGCCUCUGUCGAUACAUGGCGAUGA